ACAAAAAGAAAAUAGUGUAUGUGUCAAAUAAAAAUGUCAGUCACCAUAUCGCUGCGCUCUUACAGAUUUUCCCAAAUUGUGGUAAUUUUGCUACUCCUAGUGGACUAUCGUUACGUCCAUGCGAAUGUGAACAAUCACUUGGCUGGCGUGCAUCGCCGUUUCGAGUAUAAAUAUUCAUUCAAACCGCCAUACUUGGCUCAAAAGGAUGGUACUGUGCCCUUCUGGGAGUAUGGAGGCAAUGCGAUAGCCAGUGCGGAAAGUGUACGAGUGGCUCCAUCUUUGCGUUCACAAAAGGGUGCUAUCUGGACAAAGGCUCCGACGAAUUUUGACUGGUGGGAAGUGGAGAUAGUCUUCCGAGUGUCUGGUCGCGGCCGUAUUGGUGCCGAUGGUCUGGCAUUCUGGUAUGCUACCCAAAAAGGAGAUUAUAAUGGUGCUGUAUUUGGCUCCUCUGACCGCUGGAAUGGCUUAGGCAUCUUUUUCGACUCCUUUGACAAUGACAAUAAACAUAAUAAUCCAUAUAUUAUGGCUGUGGUGAACGAUGGCACCAAGCAGUUUGAUCACCAAAAUGAUGGCACCACACAACUGCUGUCUGGAUGUUUGCGGGACUUCCGUAACAAGCCUUUCCCGACACGGGCGCGCAUUGAAUAUUAUAACAAUGUAUUGACUUUGCUUUUCCACAAUGGCAUGACGAACAAUAAUGAAGAUUAUGAAAUGUGCUUACGAGCUGAUGGUGUACAGUUACCCAAAAAUGGUUAUUUUGGGAUUUCGGCUGCGACUGGAGGCUUGGCGGACGAUCAUGACGUCUUCCACUUUUUGACUUCGUCACUGCAUCCGCCCGGUCAAGUUCCAUCAGACCCAGUGAAAGUUCCAGAGAACUCGGAAAAGUUGGCACAAGAAUACAAGGAAUAUCAAGAGAAGCUGGAGAAACAGAAGCAAGAGUAUAAGAAGGAGCAUCCGGAUGAGGUUAAAGACGAAGACGAAUGGGAAGAAUUCUUUGAGUCAGAAAAUCAACGCGAAUUGCGUCAAAUAUGGCAAGGACAAAGUCAAAUCUUUGAUCAAUUGCGAGAUCUAUCACGUAAAGUAGAUGAGGUAAUUGGACGCCAGGAAAACACUUUGUCGUUAGUAUCAAGAAGUGCGGGGGCUGCAGUGCAACAAGUAGGUACAGGUGGAAGUGCUGGAGUACCACCUGUUGCCACAGGUACGGUAAGCGGAACUAUGACACGACCUGAGGUGGAUCUCGUCAUGGCCAACCAAAAUGCAUUAUUGGCGACAGCGCGCGAGCUUCGUACAUUGAUUGGAGACAUUCAUACCCGCGCCGACACAAUUAUUAAGAAUCAACAACGCGCGCCCACAGCUCAAGUGCAAGCAGCCGGUUAUGACAUCCAGUCCGUUAUCGCUGAGAUGCGAGAUGGUAUGAAUCAGGUAAAACAGGGCAUGGCGCAUGUUGGACAAAAGCUUGGGUCGCCACAGGCUGGUGCACAAAUAGCUUGUCCAACUGGGAAUUGUGUCGGAGUAACUUUGUUCCUAAGUGUGACUGUUGUGCAGCUUCUGUUGGUUUUUCUGUACAACUUUUUCAAGAGCCGCAGUGAAGCUCAAGCGAAAAAGUUCUAUUAAGCCAAAUUCAAGAAUAAUAGGAAAUUAUGUGGAACACGAAAGUUGAAUUUUCUCUACGUGUAAUAUCUAUGCCCUUUUUAAUUCGAUUUAAUUGCUAUGAUAUGUUUCUUUACCUUCUCUGCGUUUUUUAGCAGACUAUUCGGAACAAUUUGUGUACCAAGAGAACAAAAGAGUUUAAAACUAAAAUACAUGACAAAUGGAGUAGAUAAAAAUUCAACAUAAAUACCGUAGUAAAUGGGCUUUUAAAAUUUGCAUUAACACUGAAAAUAUUCAUGUUUGUUAAUGUGUUUUAUGUUUGGCCGAUAUUUAAAGUUAAAUGUAUAGUUUUUCCCGCCCGAUGCUUCCUCAUUUUGAUGUUAUAUGUAGGUAUAUCUCACUUCAUUCGACAAUGUCGUUAUUACACGACUCUUCGAGAGAGUUGGCAGGCUAGGAAAGUUUGUUAAGAUUAGAUUAUCGUAAUUUCUCUAUCUAUAUUUUUUAUUCUUUCUCUUGUUAUCUGUUUUUAAUUUUGUCAAUUCUAUCAAAAACUGUGGGUAAUCACUUUGAUUUAACGAAAACGUGCUGAAGCUUACUUAAUUUAUUUCUACUUCGUAAAUAUUAAAUAAAUCAUUCCAAUCUAAUGGGUAAUGAGAAAAUAGUUUAUCAAACUUUAAAAUCGAUGUACGUAUAUUAAGUCGACUAUGAGCAUUGAAUUUUGGUUUGAAUUGCGGUUUUUUUCAAUGAAAUUUUAUAAUAAAAUCUGAAAACUUUGAAA